CUCAGGUGAGAUCUGUCUUGAUGAUUUUUAACAAGAUGGAGUCAUAUUGAAAAAGAGGAGAUCGCAUCAUUCAGCGAAUUUGGCCUCGGGUAUUUUAUUUGGAGCUCUGCUGCGGUCUGGAUCGGGUGUCGCGGCGAUGUGACGCGGGGUUUGUAUAACCGACGCGGCAUUUUAAAAGAGCCCGUACAAGAACGAGACGCAGCUCUGAGCUCUGUUGACUUCUUUGCUUUAAUCUAUACCAGAGGGACUGUGUCUAGAAGACAGCAAUAUUUGCCACGCGUCUCCGGUCCAUCGUCACGAAACAGCCCAGCCGCGGGAAUUGCAGAACACAGACCUAGAUUGCCAGAAUACCCCGCCUUACUCACUACAGUACCGUUCCAGGUCCAACUGUCGCCAUGCCUGUUUAUCAUGUUGUUCUCUUCAAACUGAAGCCAGAUGUAACUGCUCAGCAAGUUGACAAUUUGCGAGAAAUGGUUCUUGGCAUGCAUGGCCAGAUUCCAGGCUUGCUCAAGAUCUCCUUCGGAGAGCCGCUGCCGAUUACAGCUGCGCGAGCACAGGGAUUUAAUAUUGGAAUCGUCGCUAUUCUUGAUAAAGCCGAUACCAUUCCGAUAUACGCAGCUCAUGCAGCUCAUCAGCCGGUGAUGAAGAAGAGAGAAGAACUUUGCACUGAUGCGUUGGCUUAUGACAUGGAAUUUGACGUCUAGUGCCCUGUAUAUAGAACUCCAAGAAUCUGUAGUGAGAUUUAAUUUAACUCUUCGAUAAGCCGUAGAAAAAAAGUUAUCGCUGCUAUUUAUCUUGCAAAUGGAAGACAAUGGAGUUCAGGAUUGCCAUCUCCGUUGUUAUUUAGCAC